CUUUGACCCGCACAUAGCACGGAAGGAGCAUGGGGAGGGGGAAAGCAGCGUGAUGGUGACUGUCAGUAAAGAUGAAAACAGAUAAGAACCUUGCUCAGAAAAUCACCUUUUCCAUGAGAUGAUGGUCCUUGAAAACACUGAAGUUCACUUUCCUUGUGGACAUGGACGUCAAGAAGAAGAUGUUUGAUUGGAACAAACAAGCCGAUGGAGCCUCGGCUGCCUCAGCAAAAGGUGCAGAAAGAAAAGGGAAUGAAGACUCCUUAAAGCAACAGAGCAGUGGCAGCAUACAAGAACCUGAGCCAGCUGGGCCUGGACCAUCUGUUAUGCAGAACAGGCAAGGCUACUGCAGCUGCUGCCACGUACACUACAGUAACCUGGAACAGCAUGUAUACAGUUCCCAGCAUAGACUCUUUGCCACUUACUGUCGGAAUCGUUCGGGUACCACUAGUUUGAUGGAACGCUUUCUACAAGACGUGCUGCAGCAUCAUCCCUCCAGCUACCAUGACAACAGACCAACCUAUGAUGACAUGCCCCUGCCCAGCUCCUUGCUUGUUCCCAGGGACGAGUCUGUUCUUUCGUUGGAAGCCUUGGAGAAAGAGGGAACAGCAAGCCGGGCGGAAGAACCCAGCACUGACAGUGGGUUCACUGCCGAGUCAGGCUGCCUCGCUUCCCAGCGAUCACAGGAGGAACCGAAAGAGACUUAUACGCCAGUCACAUCUGUUCAGAAGAUAGAAAGGGGACAAGAGCACAGUCUAGGACCUUCACAGCACACCACGGGCAUCCCCAGUAGCACCAAAACCCCUCUUCAGGCAGAAGGCGUUCGGACUGAAGAUAGUAGCCAUAAAGCCCCGUUUACCUCUUGUCCCAUUUACCUCUUGUCCCAUCCAUUACCCACUGGCCACUUCCCACCCACACCUCCUGUAACUGCAAAAAAUGUUAGAUACUCAGUUAUACCAGAUUUUGUUUCAAACAGCAGGUAUGAACAAACUAAGCAGGGCCUAUGCAACCAGGACGGAUUACUGAAUUCGAACUCUAGUCCCAUUUUGUGGUCUGCCCAGUCAAGGACUGUUUCGCACGAGAGUCCCGUCUGUAGCCAAGGCAACUCUUUAAUCUCAGGUCAGCUUCUUUUGAAACAAGACGGCUCCCAACCUCAGGAUGAAACUCGGACCUCCGACGUCUGUCUCAGGGACACUCGCGACCCUGUGGGCAAAAGCAGCUCUUUGACUUUCAGAGCCGCUCCUCAGUUAGCAGGGAAAAAAGAAAGCAAGGUGAGCCGAAGGGAUGAAACUUCGGUAGACAAAAUCAUCGAAGAAGUAAUUUUGAAAUAUUGCUGCGAAACUGCCCCCGAAGAGCUGCCUUGCAAAGAUGAAGAGAGUAAUUCCUGUCUCAAUAUCCUGUCUCUUCUGGAUCACAGCAGCCUGCAUGGCUCAGACAUGAGCUUUGACUGUGAUGCCGCUGCCCAGUCCAGAGCAGCCCCGCCCAAAUCAACGGUUAACAACCUGGAGCUUCUUAAAGAGGUUCAAGUAAAUCUGCAGGACGAGAGUUACGGCACCCAGCUCAGUUGUGUUCUCCAAAGCAACUCAGUGCAGCAAGCCGUAGAAGCGGAAGAGGAUGUGUCAAGUAAAGAGCCGGUUCUUCCAGAUCUCCCCCAUGUGCCCCCAUCCUUUGUAGGAAAGACAUGGUCCCAGAUCAUGCAUGAAGAGGACCUGAAAAUCGAAGCCCUCGUCCGGGAUUUCCGGGAAGGUCGCUUCCGGUGCCACUUCGAUACCGAGUCCUUGGCUAACCAUACGAGGAGGGGAGUAAGAAAGAAAAAGCAGAAAAAUGGGAGGAGAAGCGACACCAACACAGUAACCAAAAUAGAAGCCGAAACAGCUCAAGUCCUGCCGGAAUUUAAUGGGGUGUCAACUGCUGGCUCUGACUUCAGCAACUCCUCAGUAAUUUCAGAAACACGACAGAUUCCAGAAACGAAGAGGCCUCAAAAAAGAACUUGGCGCCUCGCCUCGAGAUGCCAAGUGGUCAAGGUCAGCCACGGCACCCAAACUAGCUUGGUGCACUAUCCAGUCGUGAAACAAAAAUUCAUUAGGAAGGGGCAGGAUCUGCCGGGCCAGAAAGCUAGCCUUGUUUGGAUAGAGAACGAGAAGACUCCAAAUGUGAAAACCCGGCUGUGUGCUCUCAAGCUUCCCGAGUCUUACACCAAAAUUAUGAGUCCUCUGCAGCCCCAAACUGUGGUUUAUGUUCUUUCCUGUCCAGAGAUGAAACCGUUCAGGAGCAAAGCUGUAGAGGCCCCCAAAAUGAGGAGAAGUCAUCAUUCCACAGAUAGUAAGGAGUCAGUGAGGUACAAGUACAAGCAGUGUUCUAUUAAAUAUUACGACCCACUGACUAACCGAGUCUUAAAAACACCUCCUAAAAGCAUAGUUGGGGAGAAGGCUAAGAAGCCUCCGCAUGUUCGACAGCUAUUCAGGAGUCUCAGCCUCGAUGCCAACAGGAAGAAACUAGCUGAUGUGCAGCAGGGAAGCGUUCCCCCCAAGUCCUUCAAUUCACUAGACUUCCACAAUUCAUCAGCAUCUUUCACGCUGGGUCCAGUUAAGGAAAAUGAGACGAAUUCAGGUCAUAGGACAGACGUGUCUUCUGUUUCCACAGAAAAAUCUGAGUGCUUGGCAUGUAACAACUCAGAGAAAUCCUAUAAGCACUUAGUCCUUUCGCCACGGAACGCUCACCGAUUGCAGCGGGAAGAUGACUUUAAGCUAAGUUCGUUGAAUAGGAAGGAAGUCAGUUCCGCCUUUAAUUCGCUUGUGGCCGACUGUUUGGAAAGAGGCAAUCCAAAGACAGCGUGGCAGAGAAGAAAAGGCAACAGUAGGGAACCAGGGUUUUCCAAAAAAACAUUAGGGCCAGUUUUUGUCAGGCGUAGUCUCAUAAGAAGCAGCCGCAGGAAGCAGCCGCCCAGAACUACCACCCAAAAAAGUGAGAGGAGAAGAAAGGUAUCUUCUUCCGCCCCGAAAUCCUCUGCCUUGCCCGUUUCCAAGCACCAGACAAAGAAAACUACUGUAGGUAAGCACCUUAAGAAAGAAAAACCUGACGCUAACAAACUAAAGGUGGCGAGGAAGCCCAAAAGGAUGUUUUUGAACACUACAGCCAUUGUGGGCAUUCCUGAGAAGAGGCAGAGAGCUCCUUCAACAAGGGCAUCUUUGAAAAUUAAAAAAUGGGAGGUGAAUGGAGACACGGGUCUCCACUGCACUGUGAAAUGACUGGAUUCCAUCUUGGCUCUAGUAAGAGACAGCUGAGCAAUAAAAACUUUUUUAUUUAUCCAUGGAGAGGCUGAAGAAGAAAGACAUGGGGGUGCGUGGGUGGGCUUAGAAAUCUUUUGGUGUGCCGGAGCUGCAGACGGAACGAGUUCAGAUCCCCCCAAAAGCUAGCACACACGGUUUGUUGCACUUGUUCUGUUAACUGCAAAAAGUGUAUAUCUGUUGAAUGCACUAAAAGGCCCUGUUGUAGUAGGGUUUUUGUGUAUCUUUGUCACAUCAGUGACAGGUUGAAUUUGAACUGUAUAUUGUUCCACCCUACUAAAACACUUUGCAUUACAUCGCAGUGGUAGAUAUAGUUGCCUUGUGCGUGAGACUCCAGUUUUCAGACCGGUCCUGCAAAAAAAAAAAAAUCCCACCCGCGGUGGCCUGGGUUUGAAGAGAGCACUGGCUGAAGAGAAGGCCUUUCUACACUCUAGCCCUCCGUGUCAUUUCCCUGUAAAACCUACUUUGAAGGACCCCACAUCCCUCUGGAGCCAGUUUCCAGGGGGCCAUGAUGAAGACGUCAUAUGGUGGGGAAGGGGGAAGUGGAUGGCUCUCCUCCUGAACAAGCAUAAGUGCUCUCGGUUUAUGCAGUGGGAUCAUGGAAUCCAAAUUAAUCACUGUUGUAGAAAUUAAAGAACAUAAUAUAUAUUUAAAAUUUGUCUAGUUUUUGACCAGCAAUAUAAUAUAUUGAAAAACCAGUCAGAUUAACAGUGCAAUUCCAAAUGUGUUUACUUUAAACACACACACACACACUGUGUUCAGUGGAAUUUAAUCUCAGGUUGCCAACGUGUGAGGCUGGCAACCAACAGGAGACUCACCAGUAGUUUUGACCGUUGCCGAGAAUGAGAUUGCAUGGCUUCCGGCCCAACCGGAAGAGAUGUCAUUGCACAGCUGGUGACAUAUGAGCGUUUGGUCAAAACUCUUUUAAGUUUUGGCU